AGAGGCAGUGUGUGGCGAGGUGUGGCGGCUGGAGCACGUCUGUGAGAGCCGAGCGGGACCGGAGUGUCAGUCAGUCAGUCAGUGCUGCUCACUCCUUCCCUUCUUCCAGUCACGAGGGGAAAAACACAGGGAGGGAACUUUUUGUCCUGCAUUUGCCUGUCAUCUUCCUCCCGCUCCCCGCCUCGCAAAGAUGGUGGCGUUGGACGGGGAGAAGCUAAAGCAACAAAGCUACAUCCUGCUGGGGAAGCUUAUACGUACCAAGGACCCGUCACGCCUGCAGGAGGGACAACAUGCAGUGGACAGUAAACUCAACAAGGUCCUUACCACUCUCGACCUCACCUCCCUCGGCGUGGGAUCUUGUGUGGGGACUGGCAUGUACUUGGUGGCUGGCAUGGUGGCAAAGACGAUAGCCGGGCCGGGUGUCAUUCUGUCCUUCACUAUAGCUGCUAUUGCGUCUAUCUUCUCAGGAGUGUGCUAUGCUGAGUUUGGUGUCCGCGUGCCCAACACUUCUGGCGGGGCUUACGUGUACAGCUACGUGACGGUGGGUGAGCUGAUGGCCUUUAUAAUCGGAUGGAACAUGGUGCUGGAGGAGCUGAUAGGCACCUCGGCGUGUGCUUGUGCCCUCAGUGCCUGCUUCGAUGCCAUCUUCAACGGUGCCAUCUCCGACACCAUGCGGAACUCCUUCGGGACUCUAUUCGGAGAACCACCGGACCUGCUGGCAUUCUUCCUGACGGUGUUGAUGGGCGGGGUGCUGGUGGCCGGGGUGCGCAAGUCCGUCAUUUUCAACAACGCCCUAAACGUUGUCAACUUCGUCGUUUGGGUCUUCAUUAUGAUCGCUGGCUUUUUCUACGCUGACUCAACCAAUUGGACGCAGAAUGGAGGGUUCCUGCCGAUGGGGUGGUCUGGGGUGCUGACGGGCGCGGCUACCUGCUUCUACGCCUUCAUUGGUUUCGACAUCAUAGCCACCACGGGGGAGGAGGCGAUCAACGCGAGAAAAUCCAUCCCUUACUCUAUAGUCUACUCCCUGGUCAUCAUUCUCAUCGCCUACGUCAGCUCCUCGGCAGUCAUCACUCUCAUGGUGCCGUAUAAUGAGCUGGACGCCGACUCUGCUCUGGUGAAGGUGUUUGGCCAAGUCGGGGCGUACAAAUGCAAGAACUUCGUGGCCGUAGGGGCGCUGGCUGGCCUCACUGUGUCCAUGUUUGGCUCAAUGUUCUCCCUGCCCAGGAUUGUUUACUCUAUGGCCAAAGACGGGCUGGUUUUUAAGAGUCUAAGUAAUGUAUGGGACGUGACGGGCACCCCAGCAGUAGCCACGAUUGUCUUUGGCCUCGGCGCUGCCUUUGCUGCCAUGUUCAUCUCACUCACUGUCCUUGUCGAGAUGAUGUCCAUUGGCACACUGCUGGCUUACACUCUCGUCUCCACCUGUGUUCUUAUCCUCCGUUACCAGCCUCACUCUACCACUCUCCUUGAAAUGCUGCCGGAGAGUAUCAGAACACCCCUCGCUGGUACACCUCUCCCUGGCUCUCCCACUCGCUCCCCUACCAACAGCAACGUCACUACUGCCCUUGGGUUGCGAGUGUCGUCAGCCGUCACCCCCCAGAACCUGACGGCGGCGCUGCAGCAGAAUGGAGGGGCGCGUAUCCCCCCCUCAGGCUUGCCCCUCGAGCAGAAAGUGACAGUCAAGAAGGUGAUGCGUUCCUCCCCUGACUCUGACGACACUGGUAACACGGAGGAGGGGAGCGAGUCGUGGCGGCGCGAGGACGACUACAUGGUGAGCGACAGGUACGAGAACAGGUACUAUGGAUCCGUGCCCGCCGCCGCUCGAGUCCCCAGGUGGUACGACAGGUACUUGGAGAUGGUGCAGCAGAGGUUCCCCACGCUGUUCCCGUGGGUGGAGGAAGGCCCGUGCACCGAGGACAGCGGCAGGCAGGUCAUGAAGCUUGUGGGGCUGCUGUACGUGAACGUGUUGGUGUUUGACAUUCUCCUGGUGGCGUGCAUUGGUGAGCUGGAGGGACACUCGUCUCUCGCCUCCUUCUUCUCCCUCGUCUUCUUCUUCUCCAUCAUCUACAUCCUGCUUCUCAUCUCCAGGAAGCCCCAGAACAGACGCUCCCUGCCGUUCCUCGCCCCUGGACUGCCCUGGGUACCUGCCGUGGCCAUCAUCAUCAACGUUUACCUGAUCUUCAAGCUGUCCAUUCUGACUCUCAUCCGUUUUGUGCUGUGGAUGACGAUUGGCUUCAUCAUCUACUUCUACUACGGCAUCAAGAAAAGCGUAGUGGGUCUUGGUACAGAAGGAGACAUCGAGCUACACAUCACCUCGAAACAGUCCACACAGGCAGGCACCACCAUCAGCCCCCCGACAGCCCACACCCUCUCCCCGAACACAGCCGCCCUCCCGCAGAACCAAGCUAACGUCCCCAUCAGCAGCACCACCACCCCUGACCUCUUCGCCCCGCCCUCCAACGCCACUGCUGAGGGCGUCAAUGAAGGAGGGAGCAUGUAUGUGUCUCCCAAUCCAAACAACCCAUUCCGUUAGUGUGUGUGUGUGUGUGUGUGUGUGUGUGUGUGUGUGUGUGUGUGUGUGUGUGUGUGUGUGAGUUAUGGGAUGGCCAGAGAUUUUUUUUUCCUUCCAAAGUCUCUCUCUCUCUCUCUCUCUCUCUCUCUCUCUCUCUCUCUCUCUCUCUCUCUCUCUCUCUCUCAACAAGUGUAUAAACAAUCUGCUGAAACCUUAAACGAACACUGAAUACAUUAAAAAGAAAGAAUAAAUACCAUUAAGGAAUUGAACACCAAUUAAAAGUAUCCAGCAUCGUUCAAUUUGGUUGUCGAAUUUAAGAACCUUGAAACUGAUCCAUUAAAAAGACUUAAAUGCUACUAAACACAACUCGAUCCUAUUCAGUAAAGGUUCUAGUACUAUAAAAGAAGCCAAAACCACUCAGUAAGGAUUCCAACACUAAAGAGAAUCUGAUCCCAUUUAGAAAGGGUUCCAAUUCAAUAAGGGAACUGAGUAGUGUUCUAUAAGGUGUUCAGCAGAGCAAUGACGUGGCUGCUGCUGUCACGCCCCUCUGGCCAUCCCGCUCCCCGCUGCUGUAACUCGUAAGGACCUUCGUGUUAUCUUGUCCAAUGUUUGUAUAUCCAUGUGUUUACUUGGGCGGAGCAGUGACUGAGACUAUGUUGGUGUGGCGAAGGAAGAGGAGGAGGAGGAGGAGGAGGAGGAGAGGAAGCAGUGACGUAGAAGGCAGAGAAAAGGAGAAGAGGAAGUCGUGGAGAGAGAGCCAGAAGGUAGAAAGGAGGAGGAGGAG